AUGCGCUGUCGCUGAGUCACGUGAUUAAGCAUCGUCGCGCUCAAGCCCCAGAAGGUAGAUCGUAAAGGAGUUGAGGUUUAUAUCCGAAAUUGGAUCGUAAUAAUGCCGCCUUCAAAGAAUUUCAGGAGAAGGAAAGCUGACUCGGAUGACGAGGAGGAUGAGGAGAUAACUGCCGAAGUCAGGUCUAAAGUGGACGAGGUCAAAGAAAUUCAGAGUUUACGUAAGAGACAAAGCGGCGUAAGUAUAGUAUCAUUGCUGGUUGGUGAGAAACUGCCACCGGAAGCUGAGAUUGAGGAUGAUCCUUUUAAGCUGAAGACGGGAGGUGUUGUUGAUAUGAAAAAGGUUAAAGACCGAAACAGAGACAUCACCCAGGAUGAAACCGACCUUAAUCUGGGAACAUCUUUUUCUGCCGAGACCAAUCGAAGAGACGAAGACGCUGAUAUGAUGAAAUACAUCGAGACGGAGCUGAAGAAAAAGAAAGGUAUGAUAGAGACAGAGGAGCAGAAAGUAAAAGCCAAGAAUGCAGAAGACCUCCUUUACGAGCUGCCAGAGAACAUCCGCGUGGCCUCUGCCAAGAAGACGGAGGAGAUGCUCUCCAACCAGAUGCUGAGCGGAAUCCCAGAGGUGGACUUGGGCAUAGACGCCAAGAUCAAAAACAUCAUCUACACAGAGGAAGCUAAAGCCAGGCUCAUAGCCGAACAGAGGAACAAAAAGAAAGAUAGCGGGACCUCCUUCGUGCCCACCAACAUUGCAGUCAAUUACGUCCAGCACAACCGCUUUUACCACGAAGAUGUUAAUGCACCAGCCAGACGACAUCGCGAGGAGCCCAAGGCACGACCUCUCCGCGUGGGAGACACUGAAAAGCCUGAAGCGGAGAAGACACCCCCAAACCGGAAGAGACCAGCCAAUGAAAAGGCUACUGAUGAUUACCACUACGAAAAGUUUAAGAAGAUGAAUCGCAGAUACUAAAAGCUGAUUUAUAUCCUCUGUUUCAUUAUUCUCUUUUUGUUGUCAUCUGUUUUCAUCUGUUUUACUUGUAUUUAUUUGCCUGUAUUUUUUUUUCCGUUUGAUUUUUAAAAAAUAAAUUUACAAUUUGAGGAAAUGUUUUUUGUUUGUUUUGUUAGUUAAAAUAGGGCUGUAAGUGGCGAAUGAUAAAUUCUGCAAAAUCAAGUGAUGGAUGGUUUUGGACAGCAAGAGGCUAAUCAUUUGUGAUGCUGUUUAUUUUAAGCUGUUGUCAUAAGAAACUCCUUAACAUAAAAGAUUCAUGGGAUGGUUCAAAUAAGAGCUACUGCUUGUGGCGACAAUGUCUGAAUACAUUAUAAAUGUGGGAUGGAUCUUCUUGUUUGAGGAAUAGCAUAGAACUGUUUCAAACCUCGUGAACCUUGUCACUGCCCUGCUCUAAUAGCUAAGAUCCCAGUCACAUCCUUUCACAUAUUGCUAUUACAAUUUGUGAUAUUUUUAGAUGCAUCUUGUGAAAAUAUCAUGCAUACUCUGAUAAUGUUAAUUUUUUAAAUCGAAAAGUUUAUUUUAGCCACAGCCCUGAACAGGAUAAGGGAAUGCAUGGUUGGAUGUAUUCUUAUACCUAUUACCUAGUGUAAAAUACCUCAGUCUGUCAGGUAAAAACUAUAUCUUAUAUGAACUUCUACGCUUUAAACCACGCUGUAAUCAUAUGCUAAGCAUAUGCUGUGUAACGUCUGCAGAGUACACAAAUGAAGAGAAAGGCAUUCUAGAGUAUGGAGACAAGUAGCACAGAACGUGUUAGAGAGUAUCGGUUAUUACAAUAUGUUAUAUAUGUGUAAAUAUAUCAUUUAAAGUUAAAAAAUGUCCCCUCUAUGUCUAGGAAUCUGUUUAAUUUAUGAAAGUCUAUAGGAAAUCCUGGUAAGUGGCUUUCUUCAAGCAUCAUUUCAGUGUUAAUUUACCUUUAAUUAAUUUAUUUAGUUAAUUUACUAAGCUCAACUUAAAGGCUAGCUUUGCAUUGCUCAGAAAGUCCUAAAAGAAUUUAUCUGACUUGGAGAUUUCAGGUCUAGUUGAGUACUCUGUGACUGUGACUCUUUAUACUCAACUGGUUGGUUGAAACAAAAUCCUGGUCUGGAUUUGUACUCUCUGGACCUGAAAUCUCCACCUCUGGAAUUUACUAAUUAUAUUAGUGAGACUGAAAAGAACAUUCUGAGCCAAAUGUCUUGUAUUUUUAAAAGCACUGCUAUCAGAGACACGACCAUUUUCAACACAAUUUCCGUAAUAGUAUUUUUUCAGUUAUUGCAUUUUUUUUUACAUUGAUUGUGCUCCUGUUUACUGUCGCCCUGAUAAUACACUCAUUAUGAGUCUUGUAGUAACUCUUGUUGAUUGCCAUAGUCAUGAAUAAUUUCUUUCCAGAAACUUCAUUGAAGUUUAUUUUUCCGUGUGCCAUUAUUGAUUUGCCGAAUGUAAAGCUAAACAUAUUUUCACUAAUAAAUACUUUAAAAGUU